AUGGUGUACUCCAAGUGGGAGCUGAACUCGAAGUGGGGGCUGAGCUCCAAGUGGGGGCUGAGCUCCAAGUGGGGGCUGAGCUCCAAGUGGGGGCUGAGCUCCAAGUGGGGGCUGAGCUCCAAGUGGGGGCUGAGCUCCAAGUGGGGGCUGAGCUCCAAGUGGGGGCUGAACUCCAAGUGGGAGCUGAACUCCAAGUGGGGGCUGAGCUCCAAGUGGGAGCUGAACUCCAAGUGGGAGCUGAGCUCCAAGUGGGAGCUGAGCUCCAAGUGGGGGCUGAGCUCCAAGUGGGGGCUGAGCUCCAAGUGGGGGCUGAGCUCCAAGUGGGAGCUGAGCUCCAAGUGGGGGCUGAGCUCCAAGUGGGGGCUGAGCUCCAAGUGGGGGCUGAAUUCUAAGUGA